CGUAGUGGGGCAUCUUUGUCUCAUGGUUAAUUGAUGAAGCCAACUUGUCAGUUUGGUCCAUCAUGGCAACUUGUGAUUGAUUUAAUUAACCAUUUUUCCGGUUCUCUCUUCGCUCUCUUCACUCUCUUCGCUCUCUUCAUUUCUUAAUCCUCUCCUUAAGACUUGGUUUCUGGAUUAUUCACAAUCUUUUCAUUCACUCACGCUUUUUCUAUCUUUUCCCCCUUAACAGUCCUGGGAAUGGCACGCUCCAAGCAACCAGCUAUCAAGCGUGAGGCAUCCUCAGAGUUCUUCAACAAGACGACUGCAACAUGGGAGGAUACUAAUCAAUCGCAAAAGAGCCCUUCCAAUGGAAACAUUACGAAUAAGGUCUUGCCUGUUCCUGCACCUGCGCAAGAAGCUGGGCUCUUGCAGCUUGUCAUCGCCGUCGCGGGAAUCUAUGCUUCAUUCCUCACUUGGGCAUAUCUUCAAGAAAAGCUCACUACCAAGCCAUAUGGUCCCGCCGACGCCCCGGAGGUCUGGCACUUCCCCGUCUUCCUCAACACCAUCCAAUCCGUUUUCGCCGCCAUCGUAGGCGCUGUCUAUCUCUAUGCCUCGACGCCCAGCAACGCCGCCGUUCCUCCUAUUAUCCCAUCGCGCCGCAUCCUUGGGCCUCUCGCGCUUGUUGCUGUCACGAGCAGCCUCGCGAGCCCCUUUGGCUACGCAUCUCUUGCCCAUAUCGACUACAUCACGUUCCUCCUUGCCAAGAGCUGCAAGUUGCUACCUGUCAUGUUCCUUCACAUCACUGUCUUUCGCCGUCGCUAUCCGCUGUACAAGUAUCUCGUGGUUUCGGCCGUGACUCUCGGCGUGGCUGUCUUCACGCUGCACUCUGGAAAGAAGAAGGGCAGCAAGGUCCGACCUGACGAUGCAAGCACAGCAUGGGGCCUGCUGUUGCUGGGUAUCAACCUCCUUUUUGAUGGCUUGACAAACAGCACUCAGGACCAUAUCUUCCAGACAUUCCGACCGUACUCGGGCCCUCAGAUGAUGUGCGCCAACAACAUCAUGAGCACUAUUGUCACGGGUACCUACUUGAUCGUCAGCCCUUGGUUGGUCGCGACAGGUCUCGGAGAGUGGUUUGGCAUGGACGUCGCUGGUAACGCGGGCGAGCUCAAGGCUGCUUUGGACUUUAUGGCUCGUUAUCCCGCUGUCUGGAAAGAUGUUCUCGGUUUCGCUGCGUGCGGUGCUAUCGGCCAAGUCUUUAUCUUCUACACGCUGUCCACGUUCUCAUCCGUUCUUCUCGUUACUGUCACUGUAACACGCAAAAUGUUCACCAUGAUACUAUCUGUUCUCGCUUUCGGCCAUCGGCUCACGCAGAUGCAGUGGCUUGGUGUCGCGCUUGUGUUUGGCGGCAUUGGCGUUGAGGCUGGCAUCGCGCGACAGGAGAAGAUGGCCAAGGAGGCUGCUAAGGCACAGCAAAAUGGCAAGAAGGAACUGUAAAUGCAUCUUGUUUAUUUUCUUUGUUAGUGAGUGAUAAAUUACAAUAUGUAUAGUGGCUCGAAGGGGCACAUCCGAGGGGAAUAAGGAGUAAAUCAAGUGUGAGGGGCGUUUACAGGAGUUGGUUAAAACGAUCUCAACGCCUCGCAGUAAUUGCCCACAAAAUGGCCGAGUGCGUCUGCUUUGGAAACGCAAACUUCAUAAUCUGUCAUAUAGAAUGAACGAGGGUCAAUACGAUGUAUAAUCCUUUUGAUUAUCACCUAAAUAAGUACUAUAUAAAGCCUUCUUCUUCACACUGUCUCUUGCUGUACCAAGAACCCUUUUGCUUCCUGGAAAAAACGCCGUGGUGCUAUAACCCAACACAGUAACUCGUCUUUUCCUUAGCAACACCUGUACAUACACAACCCCUCUCCAUGACUGGGUAUUUGAGCCCUCCCAAUGAUUCCCCUUGGGGUACCUGAAGCCAUACGCCACUUGCAUUUUGUUGUCCAAAACGGACAAAGCGAGAACCAAAAAUAAAACUGAAACAAGAGUGACAAGACGGAGUGUCUUUGUCUAUAUUACACUGGGUCAUUGUGAAACCUUCCGACGCCAUGCGCUGUGCAUUGCUGAAAAAGAGAAAAAGCGAAUGUUUGUUAUGAGGAGGAUAUAACGAUUGGAGAAGAUCGGUGACAAAGAAGAUGUAUUUGGUUAUUUGCGUGUCAUCGUGCGGAAGGUUGAGAGACCAUCCGGGAUCGAGGGUCGGAUAGAGUGCAGUUAUAACUCUGCCCUGUUGCUAAAACGCCCCUGAAAUGCUGUGGUUCAUAUUGUAGAAUAGCGAAUGGGAUUUAUAAAAUAAAACAAAAGCGAUAGUAAUCGUCGUACUUCUUCCCUUGGAAGUUGGUUCGUUCGACUUGAAAGCGAAACACAAGGUUAAGCUUCAUCAUAAGAGAUCAUCAAUUGAUCGAAUAAUAGGUGCCUCGCCUUUUGUAGGUGGACUCCUGGGAUCUGCAACGACCGGUGGUCUUCCGAAGGUUGAGAAAGGGUCUCGAGGGAACAUGCCCGCUCGGGGAGAAAACAAGCCUUGGCUCGGAGUUGGUGGGCUCUCGACGAAUCGCAUCCCAGCAACUUCAUGGACGUCAUGAAGCGGAUUGUUAGUCAUCGUCUCGGCUCUCGGUGACAACAGAGCAUUAUCAUCUGGGUAUGAACCAGGAAGAGUUAUCGUUCUCUCCACUGGCGCAUCACUAAAUCUCAUUUCCGACGGCGCCGGAUUGAAUCGUGGGAAAGUCAUGGUCUGGAAGCCAAGACUCGCCUGAGAGGGGAACCCAGGCGAAGGUGGAGGCUUCAUGAUCGAGUCCACCAUUGGAGACGGGGCUAAAGUUGGUGGUGCCUUGCCCUGACUUGACACGGGCCUCUUAGGCAAGUCGCCAAGUUUGAAAGGAUCCAGGUGUUCUGACGAGUGCUGCUCAACCUCGUCUUUCCAGGUGCAAGUUGGGGGCGCCGAAGCUGGGCCAGGUGAGACCGGUCGGGGCCCGGGUGUUGAGUUGCCGCGAAGUCGAUUUGGGCUCGAAUUCAAGCCCGAGUCCUUCGAAUCUUCGUUCUGUGUUGGAAGAGGAGCAGUCUGUGGCUCCUUAGCUCCAAUGUCGAUAGCAUCAACAGAGAGUGUGAUUCUAUGCUUUGAAGGGCUACGGCCAGGACGGGGACGGUGUGACGGUAGCGCCGUUCGCUUCGUUGACACUUCCUUCUGGAAAUCCUGCAGCGAGUACAUGAGUUUCAUGUUCGGGCUGAUCCAUUGGCUCUUGGCUUGAGCCGCGUAGUAAGCAUCAUUCACGGUGAGAUACGGUUUCUGGAACAGGCCGUAGGCAAUGAUCAGACUGGCAGAUCGACUCGCGCCCUGCUGACAAUGGACAAGCACACGUUUGCCAGCUUUUGUCCGCUUAUCAAUAACAUCGCACAACUCCAUAAGAUCCGGCGCAAUGUCGGUAUUGUGGUCCCAGGGAAUAUGGAUGUAUUCAGGCUCUUUAAAUUGAAAGGCCUUUGGUGUGGUAGGUGUGUCAGCUGAAUCCUCCUGAGGAUAUUCCCAGGCUGUCAUGAAGCUGGCUGUGGACACAGCAGUAUCGGGGAUAGGACUUUCAAUUCCAGAAACAGGGCGUCGCAUAGACUGGAAUGGUGAUUGCGACUGUGAUUCACGGACCACUUUGCGAAUUUCAAAGGGGUUGCUGACUUCGCGAGCGCAAUUGAUGACUACGUCAAAACGCGAUGCUUCAUCAGCCGUGGGUUCCGAGUAGAGGAAAACAUUGUCUCCGUAGAUCGCAAUUGGCCCAUCAGGGUAGCCUGGCGUUUUCAUGUCCUCGUUGUUCUCGUUAUCGCGAUAAGGGUCAUCAUCUCGAAUGGCCAUCUGAGUACGAAUUGGCGAAUCUUCCUCAGUGAUCGCAGAAUGGAAAGCUGGUUUCAUACUCGACUUUGUGGGUCGCAAUACUUCUGAAAGUCCGGAUUCGUUUCUUUCCAAUACCUUGGGGAAAGUCAUACCGCCAGGUGGACCGAAGGUCGCGGACUUGAGACCGGAAGACAUGUGAGGUGAGGAGCAAGAAUGCUUAAGAGCUCGACGCUGGAGCAUCGGCAUGGCUGGUGAGGGGGGGACCUCCAGGGUGGUCUUAUGGAUCAAGUCAGAAGUAUUGGUCUUGAGACUUAACUGGCUAGGCUUUCUUCUCAUAGCAGGAAUCGUAGGUUUGAUAAAUGAUGGAGAAGAAGGCUCGGAGACCAGCGAAAUAUUUGUCGUUGAAGUCGAGGCAGCGAAUGGGGGCUGGAUAGAUAGGCCCUUCAUAUUGCGCCCUCUUCGAGGCGAGGGUGAUGUCAUUGGUCGCUGCAGCCGAGGAGGCUCACUCAAGAGAGUAGUGGUUGUACUGCUGAGGUUGGUAGAGAGGUUGCCAAAGCUCGUGGCCGGAUAAUUGUUGAGGGGAAUAAGAUUCAUAGGAGAAUCGGGAGAAGAUGAGGGAGACGCAUCUGAGAGGGGCGAAGAGUCGGUUGUAGACAAGGUCGUUGUGGGUGAAGAGUCUGCCGACUCGGAAGUCUGUGUCGAUGUGCUAUCGUGAUGCUUGUGUGUUGGGUCGACAGGCAUCAUGCUAGGGCCGAGACCAUGUUGAGGAGGAGCACCCAUCAUGCCAGGUCGCUUUGGUUCCAUGUCGACGAAUUUGGUGUCCAUGAGUGUCACAGUGUCCUGAUCUGCCAUUGUCUCGGCAUCCAGAUCAAACACUGUCAUAAAGGGCGGUAUUUGAUCUUCGUACACUCUUCUGUCCGUAACUGAAGGCAUGUUUUGGUAUCCGCUUGGCGAUCUAGUGAGUCAAGUCUGCUCCGGGACGUGGAGGGAAGCGAAGCAGAUGUUGAGGGACAAUUAGUCUCUAGUCUGCGUACCGGGUAUAAUUCGAGGUUUUGAUCAGGGCGUUGAAACACCAGUUGGCUUCCACCUGGGACAAAUAUGGUUGAAAUUAUGUGAAUAUGUGCAAAGGUUUGUAAAUUGGCGGGCCAGAAAUAAAUAGUCCGGCAAGAGAAACGAAUGGCUUCGCGGGUCGCGGUGCGAUCGAGAGCAGGUCAAGUCGGUCGUUCGAUGGGUCAGCGCAGCUGAUCUUGUCGCUGAGCGUGCCAGUAGUGGGCAGUGCUCAGUAAACGCACGCAAGUUGCUCGACUUGGUAAAUGAGAGACAAGCCUCACGGUGGACAGUGGUCUUUAGAGAGAGAGAAAUGAAGUUCUUGCUCGAAAACAGAUCGCAAUUUGGACUGUAGAAGCAAUCGAGAAAGAAGCUACUGCUACUGUCGAGUCUAGCGGGUAGCAGGGAGAAUAGUCGAAGGGACGAGCCCAGAGAACUUAUGAGACAAAGAACAGGCGCUUCGGCGAUGGGUAGCGGCAGGGCAGGGCUGCGAGUGGCACUGUCAGAGUCGCGAGAUCAUUAUUUCCCUUUAUGAGGGAGACCGAGCCGUCGUUCGAGAGAAGAUGUUAUAUCAGGCCGGAGCGCAGUGGUCUGAGGUGAAGUGGAAGGUAAAGGGAAGGGCGAAGAGAAGAAGAUUGAAAUUGAAGAUCGAAGUGACAAGAGGAAGUGAGAGAAAGAUGAGAGGAAGAGUAACGAG